UUCUCAUUUGCCUCUUGAUAAUUUUCUGAUGUGACUCAGGUUGCAUGGAAACCUGGAUUUGACCAAAGAACAAAAGUGCGAUUCCCUAUUUCGAAUAAAUUAUUUGCUUUCUACUAGCUGAAAAUAUCAGUGUACACAGAUUGAUGGAAAACAAAAUGGAUGACAAAUUUAUGGAGAAUUUAAAGUCCAUGUCGCAAGGUAUCUUGGAAGAGCAACAACUUCGACCAGAAACGGCGUACAGGUCACUGAUUCCGACGGCUAGAGUUCCAUCUGCAUUUGGCCUUGGACGACCACCUACAGGAGGAGCGGGGUUAAGAUCGGAUAGUUUGUCUGAAGAGGUAACAACGCUAGCAUCCUAUCGACCAGAGUCUGCGGCCUUUACCUUCACUGGGACGAGACCCAUGACAGGGCGCAUGAUGGCAGAUUCUGAUCGGGGAUCGGUUAGAGGUAUAGCACAGCCGUCAGCAAGACCUGUCGUCCGACAAGGUCUGACCAGUUCCAGACCAAGAACCUCAUUUCGCAAAUUUGAUGAUUCUGAAGCUUACAUACCAGAUUUGGACGAAGUUAGGGAGGAUGACUUAACCAUGACAGUCGCUUCAGCCCCUUCUUAUGAGCUGCAACGAAUAGCUAGCUUGACCGAAUUGGAUGCCGAGUUGUCCCAAACUAAGGCUUUAUCUGUGGUCGAUGGUGUUAAUCUCCGCAAGCUGUGCAAAUUUAUUGUUCCUGAGAAAGAAUUAGUGGAGCACGAUGAGCCAUGGACUUGGGACAGGCUGUACACGGAAAUAAUUUCUUCGCCAGACCUUAAUCAUUUAGUCCGAUUUCAAAAAGAGAACGAAUCUGAUUUUGACUCACUGAACGUCAAAUAAUAAGGAUGGACAGUUUAUUUCAAUAUGAAGGAAAUAUAAUUGCUAAUGAUACAUCUAGAAGUUUUGGAUGGAAAGUAAACUACUAUUUUUAGGAAAUAAGAAUUAUUAACUUUUUUAGCUUCUAUAUAAUAUAGAAUAACGAAUUCAUAACGAUACUUCAUACAAAAAUUCUGGAAUAAAAAAAUGUAUUUCCUAAUGAA